ACACACGGAGGCGGGGCUCAGGAUUGGGGGGCGGAAUCAUGCGCAGGGGGCGGGGCCCGAGAGAGCUUGGAGAAGACCGGAAGUCCCUCCGCCUCCGCUCGCCCUCGUGCUCCCUUCAGCCCCUUCGCAGCUCCGUGCGCAAGGUCGUGUCCCGGAAGUGAAGGGGCCAUGUUGAUGGGUGAGCCGGGGAGAGGUACCCGGCCAGAGGCGAGUCCUGCGGAGUGGUAGCGCGCGCGGCCUGCGGAUGAGGAACUGAGACAGUCACAGAGAGAUCACCCCCUGUGUUGAAGUUCUAUUACCGUUCAUUACGUGCACAGUUCUCAAAAUAAUCCUAUGUGUGUGACACCCAGCCCCUGCCAGUCCCCCAUGGCCCCGUGGAGCCGAGAGGCGGUGCUGAGUCUCUAUCGGGCUCUGUUGCGCCAGGGCCGACAGCUUCGCUACACUGAUCGAGACUUCUACUUUGCCUCCAUCCGCCGUGAAUUCCGAAAAAAUCAGAAGCUAGAGGACCCUGAGGCCCGGGAGAGGCAGCUGGAGAAGGGCCUGGUCUUUCUCAACGGCAAAUUGGGGAGGAUCAUUUAG